AUGCAGGGCGUGGCGGGCGGGCCGAGCACCUACGCGGUGAUGACGGUCUACUUUGGAGCGCUCGGCCUCGCUGCGUUGGCGCGCACCUACUUUCUCAAGGACCAGCUCGGCCUCUCUCCCGGCGAGCAGGCGGCUCUGAUGGGCGUCGUCUCGCUGCCGUGGGUGAUCAAGCCCGUGUACGGCUUCCUGACCGACGGGCUGCCCGUGUUCGGGUACCGCCGGAAGCCGUACCUCAUCCUCGCGGGCCUGCUCGGCUCCGCCUCAUGGGCCUCCCUCGCCACGGCGGUGGCGGCGUCGACGGUCGCGUCGCUGGGCGUCGCAAUGUCGGACGUGGUGGUCGACUCCCUCGUCGUCGAGCGGGCGAGGAUGACGAGCCCGCCUCCUCUUCAGCGGGAGGACGAGUCGGCGUCCUCGGGCGCGCUGCAGUCGCUCUGCUGGACGUGCCAGUCCGCGGGCGGCCUCGCCUCGGCCUACUUCUCCGGCUCGCUGCUCGAGACAAUGAGCCCGCAGCAGGUGUUUGCCAUCACCGCCGCGCUCCCCCUCGCCGUCGCCCUCAUCGCCCUCCAGCUCGACGAGAAGCGCGUCCCUCGCCUUGCCGCCACCUCGAGCCCGCUCGGCGAGUUCGUGCGGCUGACGAGCAGCCAGGGCGCGCUGCUGUGGCAGACGCUGCGGCAGAGGCAGGUGUGGCUGCCGACGCUCUUCGUCUUUCUGUGGCACGCCACGCCCUCGUGCGGCGACGCUUUCUUCUACUUCCUCACCGAGGACCUGCUGAUCGGACCAGAGUUCCUCGGGCGAGUUGGCACGUCGCUCGCCUCGAUCUUCGGCAUCUGGGUCUACCGCACCUACCUGCAGGAGGAGACGCUGCGUUGGACCACCGUCGCUUCCGCCCUGCUCGGCCUCUCUGCAGCGGCCCACAGAAGAGGGACCCGCCUCUCUCAGCUGCUGCUCGUCACACAUGCCAACCGCGCGCUCGGCAUCCCCGACACCGUCUUCACGUUCGGAGACGACUUGGUGCUGACCGUCCUCGGCCAGCUCGCCUUCAUGCCGCUCCUCGUCCUCGCCGCCUCGCUCUGCCCGCCCGGCGUCGAGGGCACCCUAUUCGCGCUGCUGAUGUCCACCUUCAACGCGGGCGGCAUCGUCGGCCGCGAGCUCGGCGCCGGCCUCACUGCUCUGCUCGGCGUGAGCUCGUCGUCGGCGGCGGGGGGCGCGACCGACUUUUCGAACCUGUUUACGCUGGUGCUGCUUUGUAACCUCGCGUCGCUGCUGCCGCUGCUCGCGCUCGGCUUCCUCGACGAGGCGCCCACCGGAGGCGCUGGAGGGGCGGCCGCCGCGGCCGCCGCCAGCGACGAGCCGGGCGGCGGGGCGGCGGGCUGA